UCGUAAAUCCCGUCAGGCAACAACGCAGUAUACCAACAUGCCAUCUAUAAUUGGUAGGUGUAACCACAACUCUCAAGUGUCUGUGGUCUGAUGGUCUGUUUUGAUAUCGUCAUUAUGAUCGCUCCGCCUGUUCGCGUGGUGGCGUGGUGGUCGCGUGGUGCCCGUGGUGGCGUGGUGCAAAUACCGCCUGCCUAAUAGAAGGGGUGUCCUGCUACAGAGGUAUCUGCUAAGGGAGGUUCCACUGUACUUGUGUAACCAAUACCUUAUCUAUUUCUGUGUUUAUUUUCAGGUCUACAGCUUCUUUGCCAUUGACGCAAGCGAAUCUUCUGGGCGUUCUUUGGGCAGCCGCUUAAGGACGACGUUAAAACGGAUCGAGGAUAAUCUCAUUCUGCUGGAGCCGCAGUUUGGGGCGCCCCCACCUACGGCUGAGGAGAUAAGGAGUAAAGUCGCACACCCCCACCUCUCUCCCAUUGUUGACCUGACAAGUGCUGAAGGAAUGCAUGGGUUGGGAGAGAGAAUCAUUGCUGUUGAAUCACUCGUAUUUUUGGCGGACCAAUUCCAGUUCCUGCAGCCGCACCUCGAGGGGAUGAUUCCCCAGAACAAGAAGGCGUUCCUACAACAGUUCUAUUCGCAGACGGUCGGCGUCACGCCCGAACUCCGUCAACCGGUUUACACAGCCGUUGCAGCACGGUCGAUUGAUUACGAUCAGCUAAUUCAACUGAUGGCGAGCGUCCGAUGGGACAUAAAGGACAUCAUGUCGCAACACAGUACAUAUGUCGAUCAGGUUUUACGAGAUUUCCACAUUUUUGCCAUGAAGUUGGACAACUUGUCGAAAAGGGUACCGAUGCCCUUCGUUGUUUCAUGCUGUCUCUGGGAGCUGUGUAUCACGCUCGCGAAUACCACCUUUGUUGAAGGAUAUGCUAGCGCCAAAAAGUGUACAACAGAAGGUAGGGCGUUGAUGUUGUUAGACUUCCAGCAGUUUUUGAUGAAGCUUGAGAAGUUGACAGAACUGCGCCCAAUCCCAGAACGCGAAUAUGUUGAAACCUACAUCAAGGCCUACUACCUUCCCGAGGACCAGUUAGAGACCUGGGUCAAAGACCACAAGGAAUACACAACAAAGCAGAUCAUAUCGCUCGUCAAUUGUCUACCGCACAUCAACAAGAGAGCGCGACAACGCAUCAUCGGGGUCAUCGAAGAAACACGCCGAUAACACGUUUACAUAAACGAUAUCUUGGCCCUAAAUGUAUUGAUAUUUCUGAGCUUUGAGACAACGCGCACGUAAAUACCUUGACGGAGAAUACAGCAUGCAAUCAAUUUCAAACUGAAGUUGAUCGGGGAAUUUCAAAAUGUUUUCAUACCAUUCGUGUACGUUAGAAUCUUCCUCAAUAGCGGCCGCCUCUGUUACAAGGACACCUCUCUUAUAAGGACACUGAUUUUUGGUCCCAAAUUUGAAAUCGACAAUGAGAGUACUAGUUGGCUUUUGAUUUUGAAAUGUUGACAUACCAUUCGUGUACAGUGGAAUCUUCCUCAAUAGUAGACACCUCUGUAAGCAGGACACCUCUCUUUAAGGGGACAGCAUUACUCAGUCCCAAGGGUGUCCUUAAAGGAAGAAUACGGGCAGGAGCCAGGAAGAACAGAUAAAGUUACACAAAAUUGCUGAUAGGUGACGCUCUGAUCUCACAGUACAUCAAAACUAUUUGCGCUUGUAUCAGCAAUAUAGUGAUGUUGUUUAAUCGAACACAACCUGGACCCUAAAUGGAAAAAAAAGUCACACAAAGACAGAAAGUUUUAUCCCCUAUCUCCUGCCUAUACUCCCCCUUUAAACUGUGAUUAUUGAAAAGACAGAAAAUUCUAUCUUCAAAAAUCAUAUUUGAACAUUGUACAGUUAGUGUCUUAAAGUUUAUCUGUAGAAACCAUCAGUUUUGAACUGAUUUCUUUAAUGCAUAAUAUCUGUUGUACUAUAUUUGCAGCUAUCUAUGCACAUCCUGUAUCCCCCCCCCCUUCCCCCUGCUCAGGCGAUAUCAUGAUUUGGCAGGAUUGCAGAGAGCUCUAUACUGUGUUCAUGAGUUUAAGCCAGCCAUGAGCUGUCUUUAACAUAUAUACCUAUGUGUAGGGCCCUUUGUUGGCUUAAACCAGUGUACACAGUCAAUAGAGGUCGGCCAGAGUAUGGGACUGCCGAGAGCUCUAUACUGUGUGCAUGGUUUAAGCCAGCCAUGAGUUGUCUGAAUGAUGUAAAGACCUAUGUGUAGGGGCAUUUUGUUGGCUUAAACCAGUGCACACAGUCGAUAGAGGUCGGCUUAGAGUAUGGGACUGCAGAGAGCUCUAUGCUGUGUGCAUGGGGUUAAGCCAACCAUGGGCCGUCUUAAUUACCAUAUAGACCUUGGUGUUGGGGCCUUUUGUUGGCUUAAACUGGUACACGCAAUUGAUAGGAAGUGAAAGCACUCGAGUUUGUAAAUAUAUGCUAUUGUGCAUGUGACCCAUCAGAUUAAAUCAGGUUGAAGUUUGCCUGGCCUAGUAUCGGGCGAUCACUGACAAUUGAUACAGGAUAUGACAUGAAGUGCUUCACCCUUUGGAUACCAGUGUAUAAAUACCCCUUGGCUACACUCGGUAUAGACCAGUAAAGGCCAUUUUUCUGUCCCAAGAUACGAUACCAGUGAAUAGCAAUGCUCAAAUAUACACAAUGUACUAUUAUACCCAAAUUCAAAUUCAAAUUCAAAUUUGAUUAAAAAUCAAACAUAUCACAGAGUGACACGUAUGCGGCAAGAUAAGGACUGCAUAUUGGGUACAAACACAGGAAGUGAAAUAAAUUACAAAAUAUUUAAUGAAAACUACUAUGAUAGGGUCCCAUCUUUCUCAAAUUAAACAUAUUACAUGUAUUCACAAAGUUAAGAACAUGAAUCAAAACCUCGUUAUCGUGACUUCCAAGUAUUUUAUAAAAAACAUCAACUGAUGUACAAGGGUGAACUCCCGUACAGGAAGAACACACAUUACCACUCAUUUAUGAAAACGGAUUUUUUUUCGUUUAUGUGUCUGUAAUGUCAUGUCUGUAUCGCCAGAAGAAAGGGUUAAGACUGAGCAGACGUUCUGUAUCUAUAAAUAUACCGUGGACCUACAUGUAUUUUCCUUGUAAGAUUGUACAUUGUAUAUUGACCUUGUAUCAUGUCAAAAAGUAAUAUCUGUCAUACAUUGUAAUUAUAUACUUGUAAAUAUCAAGAAUUACUGGUAAAGAAGUAAUAAAUAUUGUAAAGGAAAAGUAGCUUGUUUCUCAAAUCAAUGGAACUCAUAGGACCUCAGCUGUGAGGUCUAGUUUGAGGUCCAGAUUGACUGAGGGAUCCCAGG